AUGUCUGACCACAAUCUAAUGGAUCCCAAUAUAACCCGACACUUGAUGUACGACCAUCUAUACCGGCGCCGACGCACCUUCCGUCAGACAUACCGGUGCUAUUCGAUGGCCGUAUACACGGGCACUGAGCCCCGGGAGCACGUGGACAGGGGCGGUAAGAUAAUAAUGCCGGCGUCGGCGCUCCACAUCCUCACCGAACGGGAAGUGGUGUAUCCGAUGCUGUUUAAGAUGAGAAACGCGGCGAACCCGACCUCCCGGGCCACUCACGCCGGGGUACUGGAGUUCGUGGCCGAGGAGGGAGUGGUGCACACGCCCUACUGGCUCAUGAAGAACCUGUGCCUCAAUGAGGGCGAUGUGGUUGUCGUGGAGAACGUGGACCUACCGGUCGGUACAUUCGCCCGAUUCCAGCCCCAGAGCCCGGACUUCCUCGACAUCCACGACCCCAAAGCCGUCCUCGAGAACUCGUUGAGACACAUGGCGUGUCUGAGCGCCGGCGAUGUCGUGGCCAUCGAGUAUAACGACAAGACCUAUGAGUUGUGUGUUCUGGAGGUGAAGCCGGCGUCGGCCGUACGUAUCAUUGAGUGCGACCUGAGUGUGGAGUUCGCGGCGCCGGUAGGCUAUGAGGUGCCCAAGAAAGUGGCCGCCGAUGAGCUCGACAUCGGAUCGAUGGGUAAGUCGUUUGUGCCCUUUUCAGGAGUAGGCCAUCGAUUGGAUGAAAAGCCAAUGAUAUCUGAUAUUUCAGAUAUAAAUGAUGGCCAGAAAGUGGUGCCCACCCGAGGAAUACCUGAUUAUGAGUACCAAAUGGGAACCAUUACCUUCAAUAGAAAUCCCAAACCCAUUCAAUCGACUAAACCUCAGGUUAUCACUGGUUUCGUGGCAUUUCAAGGCGAGGGAAAGACUAUUAAAUGA